AUGGCCAAAGGUUUAAACCGACAACUUUCCAGAUUUGGCAUGUAUCAACUUGGCUUAAGGUUGGAAGAUUUUGAGCUCGACAAAUCGGUACGAAGAAGUACCUCGGAGCCACUUCAGAAGAAGCGCAGAAUCAAUCAGAUGGUGAAAUAUGUGGCUGAUCAUUUAAUCGAUUCACAGAAGAACUUAUCCGUCAUUAACAAGCGACUAAAGUUGAAAAGACUGGCGCCAGACUUUUACUUGCAUCAACAGUUCGUGAUAAAUCUUGGAAAGAAGGAUUUAUCGAAGAUGGUUGACAUUUAUUUCGAGUUACCUGAGCCUAGAGCACUUUAUUUGACAAGUUUCGAGUUUGAAAAGUUUAUGAGUCAAGUGCUAGCUUAUAAAAUGUCGAAGGAAGAUCAUAUCUUGGAUUCAGAGAAACUUGUUGACUUGUUUAAGAACUUGUUAGAUGAUCAUAUCCCAUUAACAGGGUUUGAGUUGACAAAGUAUGUGUUUUUCACACUAAAGAAUAUGUCCAGUUUGCAUAAACUUGACAAGGACUCUUGUUUUAACGGUGUUAUGCAGUUGCAAUCCAGAUUCAUCUUUACCAGAUCGAUAUGGAACUUAAUUCUAAACGAAUUUCCUGAGAAAAGAGAUAUUGUCUUGAAAGAGAUGGCCAAUAAGGUGACGCUUAAUCGAGAUUUGCUAAUAACUCUACUUAAGACGUCAACUUCAAUAUCAGAGUUAGCCAAUUUACUUGGUCUUGUUCAAUUGAAGCAUAUUCAUUUGGAUCCUCAAAUGUUCGAACUCAUUUUGCGCAAGCUUAUCGGCUUUGGUUACUAUUUUUUGGCCAAAGGCAUGCUUGAGACUCUGCUAACUUCUCGAAGACCUCUGAAGAUGGAUUCUUUUUCUGAGGGUGUGCCAAUAUUUCCUACGCGUGUUGAGAGGAAACUCGCUAGGCAAUACGAGGCUUUUAAUGGUAGUUUACUGUAUAGGGCCAGAAGUGCACCUCCCAGAGCGAACAAGGUGGACUUUUCAAGACUCAUCUACUAUUAUUUCAAACCUUCGCCUAUGAUUUGCUCUGUUUUUCUUGAUUCUCUGUGUGAUUCAGAGGUUUUUACAGAAGCAAAGAAGUUUGAGGUCAACAACAUACUCGAACUUAUGAUUAAGAAUAAGAUACCAUUGAUAAACUCACAGUUGUUAAAUGUUCUUUCGAAACUGCUGGUCAGUCUUCCGGAGAACUUGGAGCUAGAUAUGAAGAUGGUUCUUCAAUUGAAUGACCUUGCAUUGAGCUCCAUUGAAUAUAAUGAGAGGUUACAUGCAAAUUCUAAAGAUUUCAAGUAUGAUAAGAAAUACUUAUCCAGCUUUAUUAAAGAACAGGUUGGCAAUAGUGUGGUCAAUGAGCUUAGGAGUUCUUUCAAGUUGUCAUUUGAGCUGUUCAGGAAAUGGCCUGCGGAAGGCAUCGAAGGAUUUUACUAUGAAAUGAGGAUUGAAGUGAAGGAAAAGAUGUUAAAGAUAUAUGAUGAGUUGGAGAUUGUAGAAGAGUAA